AAACAAAACAUUCUCUAAAAAAUACAAUGCUAGCAACUAACAAAGCAAAACCCUGAAUAUUCCCAAGCCCCAAAAAAAGCUUAAUCCAGCCUCCUCCACUCUGUAAACUGCAAUAGAAUUCAAGCUUCAACUUGUCGAAAUCCUGAUUGUCCCUCUCAAAACUCAACUCUCUUGCUUCCGCAUUUUCCUUUCCUCUCCGCUCUCUGAAGCAAACGCCUUUAGCCCCUAAAGAGAAAGCAAGAAGCUUGCAAGCAACGAGCUAAAAGGUUCUUGAAAUCCUCAAAAGACCCAUUUCAAUUUUAGCAAAGAGAAGUCCAGAAAGAGGGGAAAGAUCCAAUCUUGACCCCAUGGCUGCUUUAGGAGACAUGGCAAAUAUAGCCCAGUUCACCGGCGUCGACGCCGUGAGGCUCAUCGGGAUGAUAGUGAAAGCCGCGGCCACGGCGAGAAUGCACAAGAAGAACUGCAGGCAAUUUGCUCAGCAUUUGAAGCUUAUAGGGAAUUUAUUGGAGCAGCUAAAGAUUUCAGAGCUUAAGAGGUAUCCAGAGACAAGAGAGCCUCUUGAGCAGCUUGAGGAUGCACUGAGGAGAUCCUAUGUUCUUGUUAAUAGCUGCCAGGAUCGAAGCUAUCUUUACCUUUUGGCUAUGGGAUGGAACAUUGUGUACCAGUUCCGAAAAGCCCAGAAUGAGAUUGAUAGGUAUCUGAGGCUUGUGCCUUUGAUAACGCUCGUCGAUAAUGCGAGGGUCAGGGAAAGACUGGAGUAUAUUGAAAGGGAUGAAUGUGAAUACACUCUUGAUGAAGAGGACAAGAAGCUACAAGAUGUCAUACUGAAUCCUGAUCCUUGCAGUUUUCAGAAGCAGGUGCUGAAAAAGACUCUUUCCUGUUCAUAUCCUAAGUUGCCCUUUAAUGAAGCACUUCAAAAAGAAAAUGAGAAGCUUCAGUUAGAACUACAAAUGUCACAAUGUGACAUGGAUGUUGGUCAAUGUGAAGUGAUUCAACGUCUGAUUGGAGUAACAGAAGCACUAGCUUAUACUAUAACAGAGGAUAAUAUAGAAGCUAAGGACUCCAAGCAAGUUGAGAGAAAUUAUUCAGAUUCAACUAAUUAUUCCUAUGACGGAAGCUAUCAUGGGCAGAAAAGUGAUAAUGAUGCAGUAUCAAGAAGUGUUUCUACAGUUUCUUCAGGUCAUGAGUUGAUUUCAAUCAGAGGAUCACAUAGAUAUGAGGACUGGCAUGCAGAUUUACUUGGUUGCUGCUCCGAGCCUUGUUUAUGUAUAAAGACAUUUUUCUACCCAUGUGGAACAUUUUCAAAAAUUGCUUCGGUGGCCAAAAACAAACAGAUAUCCUCAUCAGAAGCUUGUAAUGACCUGUUUGCAUAUUCACUAAUAUUCUCCUGCUGCUGUUACACCUGCUGUGUCAGAAGGAAGCUUCGGAGCGUGCUAGAUAUCAAGGGAGGGCUCUGUGAUGACUUUCUCUCCCAUUUUAUGUGUUGUUGUUGUGCCCUGGUUCAAGAAUGGCGAGAAGUAGAGAUCCGUGGGGCAUAUGGAAUGGAAGAAACAAAAAUAAGCCCGCCAUCCUCUCAGUUCAUGGUCUCUUAGAUUGACUACAGAAUGUGAAUGACUGGCGGCUAACGAGUACCAAUGCUAAAUCAAGGUCCCCUUUUCCCUUCAUGAGGAGUUAAAAGGGAGAUACAUAGUUUUAAUUCGUGUUAUGCCAGUCCAAAAUUGAUUGAGGUUAAUAUUCUAGAUUUGUUUGUUGCUUGUCGUCUGUAAGUUUCUUCCCUUUUUCAGGGGAGAAAAUAAAUAGUUGUCACUUUUAAUUUUCUACUUAUUUUCUCAUUCUGUAAUCCAUGUAUAUUUCUGUACAUUAUUAUUUUCUCUAGAAACUCCUUGUAUCGACC